ACACUCUUAGGUUUGCCUCCCAGUCAAUCAGACAGCCUGAGCACUCCACACACACACUCAGACACGCUGUCUCUGACAGCACCUCACGCUGCAGCAUCGCUUCCUGACGGAAGGCGUGUGUGUGGCGGUCACCGAGGGUGUGUGUCAGGAUGAGCGGCAGCAGAGUCGUGCUGUGAGUGGAUUCCCUGCACAUCCCAUCACUGAGAGCUCGGCGUGCUUCAUCUUCCAGCCGCAUGUCUUCUCCACGAUCCAGCAGCAGCAAGAGGAAUUCCUCGGAGCUGGACUCGGAGCAUGCUCAGAAGGUCCCAGAGGCAGAGUCAGGACAGCAGCAGGUGAAGUUGAAAGACAGGCAGAAGUUCUUCGAGGAGGCAUUUCAGCAGGAUAUGGAGCAUUACCUGUCCACCAGCUACCUGCAGAUUGCCGAGAGGAGAGAGCCAAUAGGAAGCAUGUCUUCCAUGGAGGUGAAUGUGGACAUGCUCGAACAGAUGGACCUGAUGGACAUGUCUGACCACGAGGCCCUGGACGUCUUCCUCACCUCGGGAGCAGAGGACAACAGCGUGGCUUCCCCUAUGCUGGAACCGGAUGUGGAGUCAUUCGGAGCUGAGAUCACACUGCAGGUCCCGACGCAGGCCGAGCUGAGGCACAAGCUCGCCUCACUUUCUUCCACCUGCACUGACUCGGCCAGCCAGGACACCCAGGAAGAGGAGGGAGAUGAUGAAGAUGAUAGGGGUGGAGCCAGGGAUGAGAGGGAGAAGAUUCAUGCUGACGUACACGCAGGACAAGAUCAGUCCUCCAAGAACUGUGUAAAUCGUGACUCAUCCACAUAAAUGAAUGAGUACGGUUUUUAAAACUGUGCGCUCCACCCUCGGUGUGUGUGAAAGUAUAAAGUGUUGUGUGUAACCGGUAUUUUAUGAUCUCAUGAGGUUUUGUACAGAAAUCCCCCGGUACGUGCCAUGCAGCAUUUAUCUGAUCCUCUUAUUAUAAUAUCUCCCACUCCAGCUGAUGAGUCCACCUGCUCGGUUUAUAUAAAGCUACCAUCACCUGCGC